GUCGUCAUCGCCUGCCUUGAGCUUGCUCUGCUUCUUCUUCUCCUUCAUCCACCAUCACGAGUCCUCGUUUGUGAGGCAUCGCCGUAACCCUCUCCAACCACUGCGCCAUCUCGUACGUUCGGCCUGCGUAAUGUAGCCAUGAGACUGCUGCACGCAACAUCGCAAUCACCAUAACGUCCCGCUUCACGGCCUGCGUAUUUCCCAUUGUCUUAGUCCACGCGAACCAUCAUCAUCAUGGCUGCGUCCUCAGCCGCCUCGUUGCGUCGCAGCCACGGCUCGUCGGCCGCUUCAUCCAAACACUCGCACUCGCACUCGCACACGCUCCCCUCUCAUGAUGACGACCCCAACUCGCCGUCCAUCUCCAUCGAUACCCUUGUGAACCAUCUCCUGCUUGCCAAGCGAUCGCUCUCCUCCAUGACUCUUGUGCUGCGCGCAAACGAAAUCGCAACCGCCGCGCAACAAUCGCACGAAGAUGUCGCCAUCCUUGCCGCGCAAGCCGGCUUCCUGCAGACAUCCAUCCUCGACCAGGCCGCCAUCCUAGUCAGACUCAGAAGGAGCCUGCAGGCCACAUACGAUUGGGGGAAGAAGGACUUCAAAACGCUCAUCAAGUCGAUGGAUCUGGUUGAUGGCGAGCUCGAAGGCACAAUGGAGAUGCUGAGAAGCACCGGCGUCCAGAGCGUCUUCCGCCCCAAAGGCGAGGAGAGGAGGAGCCUACUGCAUUUCAUUGACGAGGCGAGCGUGCACGGGAUGCGGAAUGCGAUGAAGAAGAGCAUCGAGGACUUACAGGGUAUCCAGCAGUCAUUUGAUGGAGACUUGCUACGAUUCGAUACCGACAUCCGAAACCUCAAGAAGAUCAUCGUCGAAGCACCUGUGCCUCUCCCCCACGACAAGGCAGAUCCACUGAACCCCCCUUCGGCCGAGCUGUUAGAAAGUUUAAUUGACCACUCAGCAAACAUGGCGCAGCUUCUUGCCUCCCUCACAACACACUUUGAUAUGUGCGUCACGGCUAUCCGGACCACAGAAGGCGCAGUGGCCCUCGCCCGCCGAAGGGUUGCCGAAGUCACACAGUCGCAAGGCAGUGACGGCGUCUCCAUCUCGGGUGUCAUUGCGGAGCAGGAAUCCAAUGUGUCGGACCUCGAACCCAAAACCGCAAACGACCGUACCGAGAUGCUCAAGGUGGUCGUACAGGACGCCGAAGAGGUAGACGAUGUGGUUCAGGAGAUCCAGGAGCGCCUUAGUGCGAUGGAGCAGGAAUUCGCCGUCCUGCAGGAUCAAACAGAACAAGCAAAGAAAGCAUACACCGGCAUGCUCGAGGCGUAUGCCAUGCUUGGGGAAAUUGGGGAUCGGCUGGGCGACUACCUAGCAGCUGAGGAGGACUUCAAGACGAGGUGGGAGAUUGAAAAAGAAGCCGUGUUUGGCAAGCUGCAGGAGAUGAAGCAGAUGAGAGACUUUUACGAGGGCUAUGCCAGCGCGUACGACAGUCUUAUUCUUGAAGUUGAGCGAAGGCGAGGAGUGGACGAUCGAGUCCGAAACAUCUGGCGCAAGGCACAGGAGAACGUGGACAAGAUGCUCGAAGUCGAUCGACAAUCGCGCGAGACGUUCCGACAAGAUGUCGGCGAGUUCCUACCCACGGAUCUCUGGGCCGGGAUGCAAGGCUCUGUAAGACGCUGGGAAGUUGUGCCGAUCAAAGAUGACGGCACGAUUGUUCCGGAUGACGAGGAGGAGCAAGGCCCCGCGCUGCGACGUAGCGUCGUAGAGGCAGCAAGGAUGAGACUUGGCAAGGUGGCAGCAGAACCCAGGUGAAGAAUGAAGUGUGUAGGAUUUAUCUUGUCUGAAUUAGUUUGGAAUUGGCGUUUAGGGAAAUCUGGAUGGCGUCAGGGAUUCUACACCGUUGGCAACACGCUCUGCUGGAGGUAAGCUGAAUAUUGGUUAAGAUAGCGAGCGAGGUGACUCUCUUUGGUUAUGUAUGUACUGUAUAUACUUGGAACCCAACCCAACUCUGUGGU